UUAGUUUCGAACUCCAUAUUGAGAAGCACAUGCAACGACAAACAGCGGGAAAUGCAGAGAAUUUUAGAAUUUCAUAUGCUUACACAAGAGCAUCAAUGUGAUCCUUGAUUGAGCACAUAUGCCAACCUUUAAUUCUGAUUGAAUUGUUUUAAUUGACAGGAAACAAAUCUCUUUGCAAUAAUGAGUAGUAAAGCACAGAAGAAAGAAGAAGUGAAGAAGAACCUCAGAUCUCUUCUUCUGUCGGCCCCCGCGGCGCUGACCAUCGAUGAACUGAAGCGUGACUACCAUGACUUCAUCAUGGAACCUAUUCCCUUCAGGGCACUUGGCUAUGUCACCAUAGAGGAUCUCCUCAAGGAUAUGUCAGAUGCUCUGUAUGUUACAUGGAAAAAGGGAGUGAUGUGUGUUGCAGGUAUUGCAGACUCCAACACUGCUCACAUUCAGAAACUGGUCUCGAAGCAGAAAGUAGCAAACAAAAACAAAUGGGCCACCCUCAGAAAAGGGGGUCCACCCCCACAGAGACACAGAACUCAGCAACCCCGGCCUCUUCCAACUGUUCCACCAUUCAUCAGAAAUUAUCUUACUCAGCUUUUUAAAUCCUACCCUGAUGGGUUGCCUUUCACACACUUUGAUGCAGCGUUCUCUAAAAGAUUUAACAUUCAAAUUGAUCCAAUAAGGCUAGGGUUUACAUCACUACGAGAACUCCUGAAGUCUGUGCCAUACAUUUUAGAAGUGAAAGAAUUGCAGAAUGGAGAAGUUCGUGUGUGUCCUGUCAGCAAAUCUUAUGAUCAGCCAUCACAAUCAAGAGAACAGCAUCCUUUUUACAAACCCUACACACAAAAUCUACCUCCUAGACUGGAGAGACAGAGAUCUUUGGAAAGUAAAGACCCCUCCGAACAUCCAGUCAAUUCAGCAUUUUCAUGGAGAAAUCAAAGCAACAAUGAGCAACAGCUUAUGCAGUCAUCCAAUCCACCCCAGUCUGUAGGACGAGGUAGAAAGAAGAGUUGUUCGUACCGUCAGAACGGGCCCCGCCCUAGACAGCGGUACCAGAGUGAGGACAGCUCAGGAACGUUCUCUUCCUCGGAACUCAGCGUGGACUUUGAGAGCAGCGUUAGUCACCAACUCCACUUUGAACUUCAGCAGCUAUUAAGUACAAGACCUGAGGGAUUGUGGGCUACAAAACUGCUAGCAGCAUACAAAGAGACAUUCCAAAAGGAGUUGAAGCCCAUGGAUCAUGGAUACACUAGCAUCAUUGAGUUGUGUUCAGCCCUGCCAGAAGUCAUCAGAAUGGAGCGACCUCAUUCCAAGGGAGACUGGAGACUGUUUGACAAGAGACUGCCCUCCCCCGCAAAACCAGAUACUAGUAACUCAGAAUUGGGAGGACUAGUUGGGCGUCAGAGACAUCCCAGUGAGCUGUGUGCAGACAGUGUUCUGAAGGAAACCAUACGACAGGUGCUACAGGCUCAUCCAGAGGGAGUAAGACUGCAGGAUCUAGCAGCAGUGUUCCAGGAGGAAACAGGCAAGUCUUUGGAUUGGGAGAGUCUGGGUUUUAGCAGAGUGGAAACAUUUGCUCUCUCCUUGGCUGACACAGUUUUACGCUUUGAAUACAAAGGCAGCAAUUCCAUUUACCUGUAUGCCAUUGAUGAUGAAACUCCGCCCAAAACAGAUCUUAUGAAACCCAGAGAAUCCAAAAGCCAGCCACCUGCCAUAGCACCCCCUAUAGAGCCCCUUGUUGAGAUGAAUGCAGACAGCAGCAUUCCCUCUGACGCCAUUGGUCCCGGCAGUUUUUAUACCCCAGUAGACCUUCCUCCCUGUAACAGCUGGAUAGAGGUCUACAUCGCCAAUGUCGAUUCCCCAGGGCAAUUCUGGUUCCAAAUUCGUGGAACAAAGACUUCGUUGGCUCUGGAAAAACUAAUGAACCAGUUAGAUGACUCCUACACUGGAGAAAUUGGGAUGUUAUACCGCAUUCCCAGUGAAAUCGUUGCAGUGGGUUUGUUAGUGGCUGCCAUCUUCCCUGAGGAUGAUAACUGGCACCGCUGUGUCAUCACAGGAAUGGGGCCAGGAAACUAUGUAGAGGUUUACUUUGUGGAUUAUGGGAAUACAUGUGAUGUUCAUCGUAAUAACAUACGUUUCCUAAGAUCCAGAUUUCUAAAACUACCAGCACAGGCUAUAUCAGGCCGCCUGUCCAAUAUAAGACCAAUCGGCACUGAAUGGAGUGUGGAAUCUCAGUCUUGUAUGCUCAGAAUGGUGAAAUGUCGACCUCUGGUGGCCAUAGCAACUUCUGAAAAGAAUCGUGUGAUGUCGCUCUGUCUAAGUGACACCUCUGGUAAAGACGAUAUCCACAUCAAUGACGUUCUGAUAGAGGAGGGCCAUGCUCAGUUUGUCGCGGAUAACCCAGACCUGGUCUACGCUGAAGAUCCACAAGUGAUUGCUGACUUCUCGUUUGACUGCCAGUCAGAGACAGGAAGCACCCCCUCCAGUGCUGCAUAUUUUGAAGGUUUGGUGGGACAGGACACAUCAGAGACCAGACACUAUGUACUACAGAUGUGUUUGACCUCUGAUUCCAAGGUCGUCACGCAUCUGAUCAACCUAGAGGGUGUGGCUUAUCUUCUGUCUUCAGAAAUAUCAUCGUUUUUCUGGGAUGAAGAUGUCCUCACUUCAAUGCUGUUUCAGAUGAGAGCACACAUAAACAAGGUCAAGGUCACUGUGGAGGAAUAUCCAGCUUUGUUCAAUGAACUUUACCAGUAUGGAGUAAAAAGUGUGAAGCAGAAGACAUUGACCCUGUAUGAACUGAACAGGGUUCCAGAAAUCCUGAAACUCUUCCAUUGUCCCUCCCCAGAACUAGAACAGGGUGUGUCCCAGCUGAUAGAGAACUUUGACCCAGAGGAUCCCUACUGGAGGGGUGAGGACUUUGAGGUCUCCAGCAAUGAGAUAGAGCAGCUCAGUAUGGAGGAGAUCCAGGAAACCCUGCAGAUUCAACAGUUCAAGAGAAAAAGAGUACUUCAGACGAUGUUGAACAACCCUGAAAAUACAGAAGAAAUAGUUAAUGAACUCAAUGAAGUAGAAAUAAAGAUCAAGAACCUCAAAACCUUGUUAAAGAACAAAGAAGAGACCUCCGGCAGAGAAUCGCAAGCUUCGUUCAGUGAGACUGCGGCGAGAGGAGUGGCAGAUUCCAGGCAGUUUGAGGAUGUGAUGUUGGAGGAAAAGAAGUCACUACCAGUGUCACCACAGAAAAUUGUGUUCAAUACGGAUCUAUCCUCCAAGCCUGUAGCAACUGUUGCUAGCAUGCCCCAGCCGAAACCUGUUGUAUCCGAGGCAGCCACGGUGAGUGAGGGUCAGUCUGUCCCCCCUCUGAACACAGCCAGCAUCCUUCAGCAGAUCACACAGCAACAGCAGCAGCUCAACCUGUUCCAAACCUUGCUACUCAACCAGUACUCCGCCCCCACUCUACCCCCAGGGACAGACCCCUUGCUGCAGGCCCUUCCUGGAAAUACCCCAGAGGUGAAUCCAACACCCGCAGGAAAUUUGAUGGGCCUGGGGAGAGGAAUGCCUGCUAUCAAUAACCCACUGGGAAACUAUCUUUUACCAGGACUUUUGCCCUUGUUGGAAAAUUUCAAUCUCAAACAGGAUGGGCCCAAAUUACCAACACAUCCUGGACUGGGGCGUGGGGGACCAAAUCACACCCCUGACAGUUAGAAUAAUUGAGUUUUGAACCGUAGAAGCAUUCGUCGAAAAUCUAGAAGGGACAUUAUAAAUGUUUGAUGUGAAUAUUUUAUGCUUUUACUUAUGUAUUAAUAUGUACAAAUGUCCCAGUAUCAGAGCAUAUAUUAUGCCUGUUACUACCAUAUUUUUAUUGACAAUCAUGUUACCAAAAACUGACUUUAUUGAAACAGUGCUGUUUAUAUCAUAAUUACUCAAUUUUAUGUUACCCGGUAUUUUAUAGUGGUGCUUCAUUUAUGUGUGUCCCAAAAAGGGUUAAGAUUUUACUGAUCCUUGUUUAUUAUGUUUAUUGUAAAUUCUGAGUGUUUGAUAAUAAAUUUGUUUAAGUUA